AUGAAAACCGCCUUCGUGUCCGCUGCCGCCCUCAUCGCUACCGCCACCUACUCGAGUGCCGCCAAAUGUAAUCUCGCCAAGAUUGAGGGCUUGCUCUUCUCGAACGCCACCCGAGGUCUCGCCAACUGCGAGAGCGCCACGGGCAUCAAUAUCUUUGCAGUGGCUGAGUUUCCCACAUCAGAGCAGGUCAUGGACCUUUCACAGAACGUCGACUGCGCCAACUACCUCAAUCAGAUCAACCGGGUGGCCAAUGCCGAAACUCAGUGCAACGUCACCAUUGAGGGCGUCGAAAUUAACUUCGGAAUGCUCAUCGCUGAAUUCCUCUCAGGUAGGACCGGCAACGAGUCAGAUUCCGGCAGCGGCUCUAUCGAGAUUCCGAGUGCCAGCGCCUCUGGAUCGACGGAGCUCGAUGAUGCGGCCGCCAAUUCUGGACCGGUCGCUCCCUUCGAGUCUUCCGCUGCUGGUGCCCACGCUCUGGCGUUCGUCUCCUGCUGCGUCGCUGCUACCCUUGCGUUGGCAUUGCAAUAA